ACCAACGGCAGGCUCAGAGAUGCUGUGAGCGCGAGACCGCAGCAUCUUUCAGUCCCACGAUCCAGGAAAAAACGCACACACCUCCGUCAGAGCCCGUAUCCGCACACAGCGCAUUUUCAUCCUCCUCCUCCUUCUCUCCGGACUUUACUGACAUACCGAACACCAAAGCGCUCGAGGCUACAUUCACAUGCAAGAGCCAAGGAGCGCUUUAGAAACAGCGUUUUUUGUUUCGCCUCUUUUCCUUUCUUAUUAUUUAUUCGACACUAUUAUUGUCUAAUACAUUUUUUUGGUGGGACUAACCAUCCUGAGGAGAGCGCCAUUACAGAAGACAAAGCGAAGCUUGGUAAAUUAUAAGAGGGAAUAAGAGUUGCAGCGUUUCUACCAGGACAGAACAACAAAACAACAUCCUGCUCCCUGAAUGUGAAUCCUUUCAACCGCGCGUCAAGCAGGAAGGACUCAGUGCGCUCUCGUGCCGGGUUCCCGAAGGAGCUUUUUGUAAACGCGCAUCUGUAACGAAACACGCGACGCAACCCGGCGCACUCGCACCUUACACCUCUGCCUUUAUCCAAGUCUCAAAUUUGGUGGACACGACCGGAUUCGACACGCUUCGUGCGAGGGAGAACCGCGGCGGCGUAUCGGCGUCCGUGAGAAAAUGAUGGCCGGAGGGGCAGUGCAGCAAAACGGUAUUUUCUCCAAUCCGCACCACCACAAUCAGCAGCCGCACAUGGAGUCUGAUCCGCCGGACUCCCGCAAGAGACCGCUGGAGACACCGACCGAAGCGAGCAGCACCAAGCGCACCAAUACGGGGGAAGAAGGAGAGUACUUUUUGAAAGUGCUGAUUCCCAGCUAUGCUGCAGGCUCUAUCAUUGGCAAGGGAGGACAGACCAUUGUGCAGCUACAGAAAGAGACAGGUGCAACUAUCAAGCUGUCCAAAUCCAAAGACUUCUACCCAGGAACGACUGAGCGAGUGUGUUUGAUCCAGGGCACUGUUGAGGCCCUUAACAGUGUCCACGAUUUCAUAGCUGAGAAGGUCCGGGAGAUGCCUCAGAGUGCCGCCAAAACAGAGCCAGUCAGCAUACUUCAGCCACAGACCACAGUCAACCCAGACCGCAUCAAACAGGCCAAGUUGAUUGUGCCCAACAGCACAGCAGGGCUGAUCAUCGGUAAAGGUGGUGCUACAGUGAAAGCCGUUAUGGAGCAGUCAGGCGCAUGGGUGCAGCUCUCACAGAAACCAGAGGGUAUCAACCUGCAAGAGCGUGUUGUCACCAUCAGUGGGGAGCCCGAGCAGAACCGCAAGGCAGUGGAGAUAAUAGUACAAAAAAUCCAGGAAGAUCCACAGAGCAGCAGCUGCCUUAACAUCAGCUACUCCAAUGUCACAGGCCCUGUGGCCAACUCCAACCCAACAGGCUCACCGUAUGCUAACUCGGCAGAAGUGAUGCCCGCUGCAGCUGCUGCAGCUGCUGCCACAGCUUCCAGCCUCUUGGGGCAGGCCAGUCUGGCAGGGGUGGGUGCCUUUCCUGCCGCUGCCAUGUCCAGCUUCUCAGGAAAUGACCUCCUGGCCAUCACAUCAGCUCUUAACACAUUGGCUAGCUAUGGAUAUAACACCAAUUCCCUGGGUCUGGGGCUUAAUCCGGCUGCUGCCUCAGGGGUUCUAGCAGCUGUGGCAGCAAGUGCAAACCCUGCUGCUGCUGCAGCGGCCAACCUACUGGCCUCCUAUGCCAAUGAUGCAUCCACCAGUACCGGCCACCCUGCCACUGGCUUAGGAGGAUUUACACUGGGCUCUCUGGCCGCUGCCACCGGGGCUACUAAUGGGUAUCUGAGUGCAGCUUCCCCACUAGUUGCGAGUUCAUUAUUGGCCACUGAGAAGCUGGCAGAGGGUGCAAAGGAUGUAGUGGAGAUUGCCGUACCUGAGAACUUGGUGGGAGCUAUCUUGGGCAAAGGUGGCAAAACGCUCGUGGAGUACCAGGAACUGACAGGAGCUCGAAUCCAGAUCUCGAAAAAGGGAGAGUUUGUUCCUGGCACUAGGAACCGAAAAGUCACCAUCACUGGAUCACCUGCUGCCACACAAGCAGCCCAGUAUCUCAUCAGCCAGCGAAUCACAUACGAGCAGGGUGUGAGGGCCACCAAUCCGCAGAAGGUGGGCUAAAACAGGGAGAAAGAAGGAGUGGGGGAUGGAUGGAAUGAUACAGAGAAAGAGAAAGGAGGGCAAAAAUUUUGAAGGAAAUCAUCCACUAUGUGCUACGUGCAUAUUUCAGUAUUAAAAAAAGAUGGAAAAUAGUCCACUUUGCAAGAAAAGGAAUGAGUAAAAAAUAUGAAAACCAAGAAAAAAACAUGUAAAAUGUAUAUAUGGGUUUAUUUCUUAAGUUUUCAUCUUUCAGGAUUUUUUUAUUGGUUGAAAAUUUGGUUUAGAUUUUUUCAGUUUUUCUUUUUUGAGUUUAUUUUUUUCUGGACAGUGGUGAAUAAUAUUUCAGACUGGCAUGCUUGCUGCAGCUCCCAGCAGGUGGUGGGGUUGGGGGAGAACAGGGUGGAGCAGUUGGACUUAAGCCUACCUGGAAUGAGCCCUGUACCCAUUGCCAGUCCUUUUCUAGCUGACAAGAUUAUCAUUUUUUUUUUAACUAUUCAGUUUAAUUGCCUACCCCUAUAUCCUAUGUGGGCCAAAUGAGAUGGCAAACAAGUGCUUGGGUUUUAGACUUAGGGCAGAUUCCCCUAUGUGGUCAGUGGUUCUCCAUGCCACUUUACCCAUUGUCCUUGUACAUCCCAAACAGCCUAAUCCCUGCAGGGCAGGCUGGGAUUGGGGGCAUGAGGGGAAGCUGAUUAGGGUCUCACCUUCUAGCUACUAGCUAAAAACCUGGAGUCCUCUUUAAACCGGGUGCAUGACCUGCAAUGCUUUUACAGAUUUAACUAGCAUAAGAGAAGUUUGUAGAGUUGGUUGGGGACACAGGCCAAGCAUAAUGCACCUACUUGGGUCAAUUAGUACCAGAGCAGCGAACAAUGUGGCGAUAUGCGUCUGGUAUUAAUCGAAAUAUUAUUAGUAGUUGUAGUUCUACUCUUAUUAUAAACAUCUACACCAUUGAUAUUAUUUAUUAAUAUAAUUUCACCAAUCAGGACUGAGGUGUUUUAAUUUUUUUAUUAAUCUGUGAAUUCAGGUUGACAUGAAUGUAAAGACAAUAUUUUGGAUUUAGUUUUUUAUUUAAGUGAAUUGAAUAGUAUGUCACAGUGUAAUAUAUGUCUUAUUUAAAGUCCAGUGACAACUGCACCGUCGGCACCAUCAGAGAGAAUAGGAGCAGGUAUAAUGUACUGUACGUUAAAAUGAAUACAUAGAACACACACAUGCAUACAUACACACAUACACAUAGGCACAUACAUUAAAAAGGAACUACAUUUGACUUAAGGGUAGACAAAUCAGUGGAACUAGACAAUUCAUAUAUAAACAUGUCUAAUAAUAAUAAAAAAUAGAAUAAGAUGUUGCACAAAUUCAAUGGAGUGUACCGAUAACAAGAACAAACUUAUUUGAGAUCAAAUCCCUUAUGUUUUGAAAUCCCUUUAUAUUAAAAAAUGUCCCUCUUUUAUUUGUUAAAAAAAUGUGGUGCAAUUAUAUUUAAUUUCAGUGAGCUAAGUGAGACAUCUAUUCAAGUCAGUUGUCACUGGCUAUUGACAAAUUGUGCAGGUGUAUCAUAUAUUGAACAGAAAUGUCUCUUUGUAGACAAAUACUACUGAACAACUACAACAAACAUGAACAAAACAUCAGUUUUGAUGAGCACAUGGAUGUGAUUUUUAAGGCCAAUGACUAGGCUAUCCUGGUGGCAAGGAGAUUAGAAAAAAAACAUCUUUUCAAUCUUUUGAUCUGUUAAACUUUUUAAAGGGUUAUUAACUAUAUAUGCCCUAUAUGGGAUGUGCAUCGCCAUGCUUUGGCCACACUUUUGAACUUUUAAAACAUCUCUGUACUCAUCAGAACUACCAAUGUGCUGCUAAACAAUCCAAUAGACAUGCAUACUUUUGUGGUUAGAAUACACUGAAUUUCGUCUUAAUGCACUGUGAAGUGUGGAGGCCAUGUUUGAAGGCCCAGAAGUAAAGGUUCUCUCUCAGACAAAAAAAAAAAAGAUUCACGUAAUAAAGCGUAUUGGAAACAGUUGUAGGGUGUCAGAAGAAAACAGAUUUGGACACACUGGUUUGUUACACAUAGAAAAUGUAACUAAUUAUGAAGAACCGUUUCUUUGGGUAUUAUAUUGCUACUGUAUCAGACUUUGAGUUCCCAGCCUUCGUCUAAAUUACCGCCAGCAUUCAUGGUGCCUGCUCCCAUAUUUAAGGUUGAUGACGGGAAGAAAAUUCCUUGUCCAGCUUAAAUGACCCAUGAUCGAUAGUUCAUUCCAAAAAUUUAAUUGAAGUUCAUCUGAAAGGAGAUUUUCAAGCAUUUCAAAAUGACCUUUCAAUGUACCAAAUAGCCUGGAGGAACAAAAGAAGCCGAACAAAAAUAUGAGACCGAGAGCAGAAUCUAGACAGCAGUGUACUCUCUCUUCACUAACUAAAUAUACAACGGUCUUCCUCUCAAUUUCUCAAUUUGGAACGCCAGGGAGAGUAAAUCUGAACCCAUUGGUAAGGAGACUUCUUUAUUCCCAUCUAACACCAUCAACCUUUCCUCACCUCCUCUCAACCCCUCUUUACUUCCGUGCACACCUCCCAUUUUGACACAUCAACCAAGAGACCCCUUUCUCUCACAUCUCUCCAUGGGUGGCAAUGUCUGGUGCUAAAGUGCAUGUUUGCUUGCCCUUUCACAAAACAAUGACUCGUCAAAAGAGAUGUGACCUAGGUUUUGCUGUGUAGAAAUUAAAUGCUUGCACUAGAUUUCAAUGAAAGUCUAUGCUUUGAAAAAAGACUGUGUGCAGCACCAUAUAUUUGGAAUACAUGAUGGUGCUACUGGUUUGAGGUUGAUGCAGUUAGCGGAAUCUUUUAGGAGAUGCUAUGCUUCAGCUCACAGGGAAAUAGAUUUGCAUUUUGUUCAACACAUUAAUGAUGCUAGUUACUUAUUUAGCAGCCGCAGUAGACAGAAUUAAUAAAGUGUUUUUAAAAUGAUUGAAGGCAAGGAUGAUCUGUGGUUGCUAUAUUUUCCAGUAAAGAGCCGCGAAAGUUGAAAACUUGAGUGCCUCCGCAUUUUAGAGUGCAUACACAUCCCACACAUAGAAUUCUACUUGUGCGUACAAACAGACCUGACUCAUGUCACAUCAUUAACACCACAAAAAAAACACACAUGGGCCCACAAGCCCAAUUACACAGACAAUUACAUUUUUGCAGGAAAAAAUAGGAUUAGGAGGAUUCAUUAAUUACACAGAAAUUCGAUACGUAAGAAUUUAAGUAAAGCAAGACAUUACUGUGAAAUUUUAAUGUGAACUCUAAGAACAGGUGCCAUCUUAGUGUGCCUAGGAGCAGCUUAUUGUUAGUGUUUUCCUUUACUUCAGUACUUAAAAUGCAUAUUAUGGGGGGGACGUCUACUUUUUUCUGUUGUUAGUAACUGGGGAACUAGAUAAAAUGUGAUCAGUACUGGAAGCAAUAUACGUAGUAGCAUGUUGUCCUGUCUCGUCUUUUAUUCUGUCUGUGUAGGAGCUUUCGAUUUACCUAGGUGUUGAGUAGGUUUGCAUAUUUAAUAUUUUUAAGUUGUGAAGAUGCUGCUAUUGAAUAAGUGACGUACUAAAAAUUUAAGAUUUAAACAUAUCUGGUCAGUCGUUUAGCGAGGUGUGCUAGUUCUAAGAGGUGUAAUAAAUGCUACAUAAAACGAUAACUGCUAUAUUAAACAGACCACAUGAACGUGCCAAAAUAGAUCUUUACAGACUCAGCAACUGUAAAUGUGUGAUUUACAAGACCAUUAUUACAAGCAAACUUACUUUUAUAAGUAAAAAAGAAAAUGUGAAAAGUGCCAAACAAACCACAGUUUAAGGUUUAAACUAGCAAAGUGGCCAUUUUUAAAACUAGUAGGAACAAAAUAGAUGUUAGUGCUAUUAAGUUAAAGGUUUUCAGCCCCAUCAUGAACUAAUAUGAGAGGAAAGUGUGAUGAGAGAAUCAUCUUGCUCACCUGACAAAUGAAUAUAGUGCCAUGUGGCCAUUAAUGCUACAUCACUGGGGCUAGAAGACUGCCGUAGACCUAGGCUAGCAUGAGUUUAAUACGUUAUCAGCAUUCUUAAUACAGCCUUUUAUAGUUCUGAAGAUGUAUUUUGUGAAAAUAGAUGUUAUCUUUCUUUGCACGUCUAUAUUGCAUGAUAUCUAAAAAGUAAAGUGUGGAUAAAAAAACAAGAAAUGAAAAUCAUACAAAAAAAGAGAAAACAUUAGGCAACGUGCGUUCAUUUUGAGGACAAAUCCUGCAUGCCGACACUAAGAGCAUUGGAGUUUUAUUUUACACACUUUGACCAGUCUUUUACUUCUGCAAAGACUAUACUGAGAAUUUCUGUUGUCCAUCUGCAGGAACCAGAAUCAUUCAUACAUAAUCAUUGUGCAUUUCUUUUUGUUUGCAAUUUUGAAGUAUGACAACAUUUUAAGAAAAAAAAUGUCCAGAUGUGGUUGUGAUUUUUAAAAUAGCAAAAGCAACCUAAUUAAAAUUGGGUUUAAAAUUAUUGUUUUCUUUCUUACUAAAACUGAGGUCUUGUCCAUGAAUGUACUCACCACUGCAUAACUUUGCAUAUCAUUUUCAAUCAUGACUUUUAAAGCAUGAUGUGUUUUUGUAUAUUGUGUGCCAAUACUAACAUCUUUUAGGCUACAUUAUGCCCAGUGCUUACUUCUAUUUUUGCCACAUUAUAUCUCACAUUAUGCUCAAACCCAUGAUUUUGAUGAUGCGCACUUUAUUCACUUUUUUUGCCCAAAUUUGAAAUGACAGUGAAUGGGUUGUGAAAACGUAUCGCCUAAGCCCUCUGUCUCUGCUGUUCAGAUUUUGUGACUUCUAAAACCCAAAAGCUAUUCCGCUAAGUGAAUUUUCUUUAUGACAGAUUAGCCGCUAAUCUCCAUUAAUAAAUGACAAACAAUAAAUAAAAAAUAAGAGCAUUAUGAGUUUAUUGUCAAGGUGCCAAAAGAGAAUGCCACAACCAAAUACAUUUUUGAACAAUGUAACGUAUCCAAAAUUUACAGAAUUGGUAAUGCACCUUAUUGAGAUAUAUAUAUUAUAUAUUAAUAUUAUAUAUAUAUAUAU